CCGGAAUGGGAAUGGGAUUAUCGGGGAUGCGGGGAAUGCGAGGCAUCGGCCGGCUUGGUUCAAGUCGCAGCGGUUUCCGAGAUCCUCUCCGCUCCAGAUACGGGAUGUCAGGACGGUUCGGUUCGUUAGGGCGAGGCGGUCGACACGGUGGUUCGUGGCGGAGGUCGUUAUUGGGUGGGCAACGGCGGGCAUUCGACUCCCCUUACGACUUCUAUGGAGACGACUUGUACGACUCCGACUGGAUAGACGACGAUUUCGAUGAUUUCCCGUCAUAUUAUUCCCCCUACUCGUACAUGUACGAUGCCUCCGGUUACGACGAUUGGAUCUAGUAUUGGGAGGGAUUCGGUUCAACUAUUCCAGGAUACUGGAGUCUCAGGUGCUGGGCCGUCUUGCUUGCCGUGUAUUUAUGGCGUCUAGGUGGGAACAAGGAUGGAAGAAUCUCCGGAAAAUCGAACGAUUGAUUGAAUUCCCUUCAGGUGAAAUGGUCACCGCCGUGAUGCUUCAUUUGUUUCGUUAUCCGCAAGCGUCGUGCCCACCUUUCCUUCCAUUCCCUCUCCUCCCGUCCCAACCGCAGUCUCUU